AGAGCGCCGGAACAGAAAAGUAGCGUUGGAAGUUUAUACAUCAUUUUGCUUAAAAUAUUUUAUAUCUAGUUAGAAGUGGAUAAGAGAUUGAGUAAGAUGUAGAUGAGAUGUAUUGAUAAAGGAUAUAGAUAUAGGUAGAGAGCUGCUGUGUCACUGUAACAGACAUGAAGGACGCCGCCGGUGUGUGCGGUUUAAUUACAGCGCUGUUUAUGUCGCUGUGUUCAGUGUCUUCAUCUGACAUACAGCUGAUAGUGAGAGCUGAUCAACCUGUCAGUAACAUCACACACUUCUGGAGGAGCACUGGCUUCUGUCCUCCUCAGCCACACACCAGUGCACACCUUUAUGACCUGAGUAAAGAUGAGCAGCUGAACCUGGCUCUUCUCGGCUCUGUUCCUCAUGACGGCCUGCAGCAGGUGAGGAUCCACUGGCUGCUGGAGCUGGUGUCUGCACGGAUUGUAAAUGGUGAAUAUCACUACAACUUCUCAUACCUGGAUGAGCUGAUGGAGCUGCUAUUGCAGAACGGCCUGCAGCCCGGCUUUGAGCUGAUGGGCAGCGCCAACGGCACUUUCAGUGACUUUGAGAACAAAACCCAGGUGUCCGAGUGGCAGAGGCUGGUUUACCUCACAGCUCAAAGAUACAUCGAGAGGUAUGGUUUGGACAUCGUCUCCAGGUGGAACUUUGAGACAUGGAACGAGCCGAACAAUCACGACUUUGACAACGUCACGAUGACCAUCCAGGGGUUCCUGAACUACUAUGACGCGUGUUUGGCUGGUCUGCGUAAUGCCAGUGUGACUCUGAGGCUUGGAGGUCCGGGGGACUCGUGUCACACGCCUCCUCACUCUCCAUACUGCUGGGCCUUACUGCAGCACUGCCACGACACACACACACGCCACCCUGACACACACUUUAACACAUACCUCGAAACACACAGCCUCCACUACAUCGCCCUGCACAAGAAGGGUGGAGGUGGUACAAUCCCAAUCCUGCAGCAGUUGAUUGACACGAUGCAGGAGAUCCAGCAGCAGUUUCCUCUGUUCCGUUCACUUCCUGUUUAUAACGACGAGGCCGAUCCACUCGUCGGCUGGAACAAGCCACUCGUCUGGCGCGCUGAUGUCACCUAUGCUGCCAUGGUGAUCAAGGUGAUCUCUCAGCACCAGGACCUUCUCAUUUCUGAUGUGAACAACACCAUCAACUUCACACUGCUGAGCAAUGACAACGCCUUCCUGAGUUACCAUCCACACCAGUUCACCCAGCGCACGCUGACCGCCCGCUUCCAGAUCAACAACACACAAACACCUCACGUCCAGUUUAUACGCAAACCCGUCCUCACCGCCAUGGGACUGCUCGCCCUGCUAGGUGAGCAGCAGGUAAAGGUUACCAUGGUGACCCGAGACCCUCAGGAAGAGAGUUCAGUGGGUGUGCUAGCGAGCGCACACACACCCCAGUUCACACACACUGCUGAUAGCUGGCAGAGUGCUGUGCUUCUGUACAACUGCAGAGACAACAUCACCUCCAACACCACGGAUACCAUCACACUGAACAUCACAGGAGCCCCCACACACACCGAUGUAAUGUAUGUGAUGCGCUACAUGGACAACGUUGUUAGUAACCCGUAUAAAUUGUGGAGGCAGAUGGGCAGCCCAGAUUAUCCCACAGUGCAACAACUCACACAGCUCAGGGGUCAAGAGGAUGCUCAGACAGAUGGCCCCAUCCCAGUCCCCACUCAGGGAGUUCUGUCUAUUAGGGUGAAACUUCCUGUUCCCUCCAUACUGCUCAUCCACCUUUGUGCUCGGUCCACACACACACCUGGACAGGUGAACGGUUUGCGUUUCGUCUCCAUUACUAAAGGUCAAGUCCUUGUCGUGUGGAAGGAUCGUGACGUCGGCACAAAGUGUGUGAAGACGUAUGAGGUGGAGUUCUCCGGAGACGGAGUUACGUUUCAGAGGAUUAAUUUCAGAGACACAGUGUUCACCUCUUACACCUUCUCACCAGAGUGUCUGGAUGUGUGCGGAUUAUACAGAGUGAGAGCCGUGGACUUCUGGGGACGAGCAGGACCAUAUUCCCCUACAGAAAGAUACACAGAGUUCUGCUGACUAGGACACACGCGCACACAUGUCUCAAUCCCAUCAUCUGAGUUUAUAAUUCUAGAUUUUUCUUCACAAUCUAAUGAAUGUUUUGUAUGUAAAUAUGAUCAUUUUUAUAAUCUUAUUAAAUGCUCCCUCACUGAGAA